AAAAAAGCAUGUAAAGUGUUCCCAAGGUACUACUUGCACAAAUUGUGCAUCGCGCAAUCUUAUGUGUAUUUAUAUUACACCUAAAAAACGAGGACCAAAGGUUUCCAGUGGAUCAACUAACGGUUUUGAAAGUGAAGCUGCAAAUAUCGAACGAGAACACGCAUUGACUUUAUUCAUUCCUAUCUAUCUCGACUAUAACGAAGAACCUCAAUCGAUACAAGGUCUUCUUGCUAAUCAAAUAAAUUUUGAUACUAUUAUGCCAAAUAAUGGCAUGCCCGUUAAUAUUAGUGACACAUAUUCUUUACCUAGCAAUUUUUCCUCUUCCUUUCCCUCUAUAGCCUCCAAUUUAGAUUAUCCUUUUAUUUAG